AAUCGAACAAUAGUAAGCGACGCGCACGGUAUUAUUUCCUCGCGAAUCAAUACGAUUAAAUUUUAAUUGUGCAAUUUGAAAUAUUUUAAUAUUCGUAAAGAAUUAAAACAAAAAAUAAUAAAAAUGAAUUGUCUAGCACAUAUUGUUAAAUAUAUUCUGUAUAUUUUUAAUUUAAUAUUUGUGAUAUGCGGCAUAUUAUUGAUCAUCUUGGGAUCGCUUAUAAUUAGUAAUUUGGGAGAUUUUUCUUCAUUUUCUGAAGCCGUCAAUAUCGAUACGAUACCCAUUCUAAUUAUAAUUUUGGGUUGUAUAGUUUUUAUAGUAGCGUUCUUUGGUUGUUGCGGUGCCAUACGGGAGAGUAUCUGCUGUACCACAGUAUAUGCUGUGUUUAUGUUUAUACUCUUCGCCUUACAAGUGGCCUUAGUGGUAUGGAUUUUUGUGAAGCGUCAACAAUUCCUUAAUACCAUGGGUGAGGUCGUUGAUAAGGCAUGGGAAAAGAACAACGAUGCCAAUGGUUAUCCCAUGAAUGGUUUAGAGAUUGCUUUUAACUGCUGCGGUCGAACUGGUUAUAUGAACUAUGUUGUUGCUGGCACUGAUGUGCCAAAAUCGUGUUGCGGCUCGAUGACAGCCGAAUGCCCGAUAAGUGUUUAUGAGUUUAAACCCGGUUGCCGUGCUCAAUUUGUAGACUUCUGGGCUUCUAAUACGAACAUUAUCCGUUAUGCUGGCAUUGGUGUGGCUCUAGUGGAACUAGUAGCCUUCACAUUUGCCUGCUGUCUAGCCAGUAGUAUACGCAAAUCGAGUCAUAAGAUGUAAAAUUUCAAAUAGAGUCUAGAAUAUUCAUUCCCAUAUUAUUUAGUAAAAUGUUUGCAUUUUUCAACAUAAAUUCACCUCAUUAAUUUUAUUUACUAAAUAAAUAGUUUAAGAGUAAAAAUCAUAAAUUUUAUACAAAAUAAAACAAAUAAUUAAUUCCUUUGUAUUUUCCAUAACCAGGAAAAUUUUAAAAAUUUACAAAACAAAA